GGCCUAGUUCUAUACGCCAUCAUCCCUCACCCCAUCGUAUAAUGGGAUACGUCGGUGUCUCUCUCAUUCUCGGCGCCGUCGUCUUCUUCAUAGCCCGUCCGCCAAGGUCGUUUGUUGACUACCUCCGGUCGUUAUGGCUGGCCACCCCACAGCUGCCGCCGUCUCCGAGUGUGGACCGGGGGGCUGAUGAGAAGCGGAGUUCCGUGGACGGAAGCAAGGUUCCGUUCGUGAAGGAGGCUGUGUCGCAAAGACAAUCGCAGCUGGGUGGCGCAUCGGUGGAAAAGACAGAGAGUGUGUCAAUACCAACACCGUCAAUAACGGCAAGCGAAGACACGGACGAAGACGAUGUAGCGACUACACCCAAGGCCUCGGCAGCGCCAGCAACCCCUGCGGCUCAUGUCCCGAGCUUUUCCCUUUCCAGCUCUGACGAGGAUACCACCGCCCCAACUGCACCUGCACCACCUCGCCAGACCCCUCUUGCGGCACCCUCAUUAUCCACGCCCGACAGACCCUCUGCACCGGGCCUCAUGGCGCCGCCCCCGCGCCCAGGAGCAAUGGCACCCCCUCCGCGGCCGGGCGCAAUAGGGCCUCCGGCAGCACGGUCCUCCCUCGGCGCACCGCAGCCGCCUCGCCUUCCACCACUAACCCAACCCUCGCCAUCCGCAUCGUCCCUCUCGCGCUCGACGCUGCCGAUCCCCAGCCGCGGCCCGCCGGGGGCGUCCUCUCUCGCCCCUCCGCCGACGCACACCAACGGGCCCGCCCCCUCGAGGUCCCGGCUCGUGGCCCUCGCGCCGGGCCACUCACCGCUCGACUGGGCGCGCAUAUCGGGCCCCAACGCGGACCUGCGCAACCUGCCGCCCAGCACGCCGUACCUGCGCGUGUCGCCGUCCAUGCUGAAGCGGCGCAACGGCCGCAAGGGCGCCGACGCCUGGAGCGUCUACAGCGGCCGCGUCUACAAUGUCACGCCAUACCUCAAGUUUCACCCGGGCGGCGAGGGCGAGCUGCUCAGGGGCGCCGGCAAGGACGCCACCAAGAUCUUUGGCGAAGUCCACCCCUGGGUCAACUACGAGACCAUGUUGGCCGCCUGCCUGGUUGGCGUGGCGGUUGGCGAGGGAGAUGGGUCCGAGGACGUCAAGCCUGGCGGCGAGGAGCGUGUGAGCGCAAUGGAGGAGAUGGACUGAGUUAGAUGCUAAGUUCAUGCAAAUGAUUCACGACCGGGCUGUUCCAUGGAGUUCUGAUCUUGGGGUGAUGAUUUGUUUCAAGUAUUUCAUGGGCAAUGAGCAACUCUUUGCAUGUAUAUAUGUCGAGGCAGCUACAGCUAGAACGGCGGUUGGUGCCAAGUAGAGAUUUAAUGAUACCCUUUUCCACA